CAUUGUGAUUGAUACAAGCAGUUUUGCAAGGAAAAAAUCGGGGCGAAUUAAUAUAAAUUUAUAAAUUCGAGUAGGGUGAAAAGAUUGUUAGAAUAUCUGCUUACGUUAGAGACCUAUAACUCUUCGUCAUUUACUACGGCCUUUAUUAGUAAUGUCUUCCAGUGCCGGCAUCAGUGACGCUUUGUCCACUCAGAAUUUGGAGCUUCCUCCAUUACGAAGUUUGGAUGACUUUGUAUUGGGUUCUGCUCGAUUUCAGUUACCAAAUAUAAAAGAUUUGGAGAAAUGGGGCAAUCGUGUAGUAAAAAAUUUGCUAUAUUAUCAAACCAACUAUUUUCUUUUGUUUCUGGGAAUUUAUGGCGUAAUGAUAAUAGUAAAUCCAAUAAAAAUAAUUUGGGGUCUGAUUGUAGAAGCAAUGAUAAUUGCUGUGGUGGUGCGGUUCUUUUUGAAGAGGACUGACUUAAAAUUUAAAUUUAUUGUCAGCUGGUCCACUGCUACAGAGGAGAAUCCGCAGCAAAAAUGGUACUUUUUGGCGAGCGUCCUGUUAUGUGGCUACCUUCUUCUGUAUUGGUUAAAUGCUAUUUUAUUAUCAAGUUUUGCGUUGCUUCUUCCUAUAUCAU